AUGAAGUCCUUCAAGAACGUCUUCCGCUCCAAAAAGAAAAAGGCUGAAAAAAUUACUGGUGCAACCGACGACGCAUCCGACAUCAGCCCCAACGGCGAUGCCAAAAGCAUCGGACGCCACUCAAAUGCCAGCACCCUCUCUCGAACGGGUCCCACACCCCUGGAAGACACCUCCAUGCCCCCUGUGCCUCCACUCCCAGAAGGCAUCAACUCAUCAACCUCCAUCGUCGAUCUCACCGACUAUGCACAGCCCAAAUCAACCGUCCAAAGAACCAGCAUCGCAGAGGAAUCCAUUAACGACGCUGGAGCCGCCACUCCAUCGGAGGGCCGGUCUCCCAUCCCCACCCCUGCCAACCCACAACUCGUCUCUGCAGACUCGCCUCUCAUCAGUUCACAAAUCGCCCACAACCUUGAACCCUCAGAAGAUGCCGACAAUAGACCAACAGAGCAUGAGCCUCGGUCCCCACAUACUACCGCAGAAGGAGUCCAUGAUGCCCUUCACCGCUCUGGCACCCUUCCACCAUCCUACAACAGUCUCCAUAUCCCCCCUACCCUUGCGAGCCACACCGCUAACAUGGCGACUGCCUCGGCGCCCUCGCCCGUCGAUGAGCGUAUGUCUCCUCUCACAAACUCUACUAUCGCGGACACUUCCUCGGUUACGACUCCGUCAAUCGGCUAUAUCGCUCCUCCACCAUCCUCCCCUCAGAUCCCUCAUAUCGAGCAGCCACAUUCGUACCCAACACCUCUCCCCGAUACCACCUGGCCUGCCCAGCAGCCCUACUCGACCUCAUCCUCAUCCUCGGUGCAAGCCGCGGCCUCGGGAUCUCAGCAAUACGGACAUCGACCCUUUGUCGCCCCAGGAAAUGAGAACCAGACCUAUCCCAUUAUCAUGGCCAUCGACUGGGGAACAACCUACUCAUCCAUGGCUUAUGCCUACCAGCAAGACGGCGAAGUGCACGAAGUUUCUACUUGGCCCAAGCAGACACACAACUAUCCCAAGGUACCAACAUGCAACUUGUACGGACCUAAUUCCAAAGAGAUCCUGGAGUGGGGAUACACCGCCAAGGUCGCCAUCACAAAACCCCCAUACAAGAACCACGUCCUGCUUUCAAAGUACAAGCUUCAUCUGGACGACGCAGCUGGACCUCAUCCACCCCUCCCCAACGGACUCACUGUUGUCGACGCCAUUGCAGACUACCUUCGCCUCUUCCACGCACACACCGUUCUCAAAGGUUUUGGAUCUUCGUUCGAACAACAACAUAUUCAGUACUGUCUUUCGGUGCCUGCCAUGUGGACGGACAAUGCAAAGGCGAUCAUGCGACAGGCAGCCCUUCGUGCAGGGAUGAUUUCACCCUUGGACCCGCCCCAUCGACUGCUCUUAAUCUCGGAACCCGAAGCGGCUGCCUUGUACUGUGAGAAGAAGUGCGACCAAUUCCAGAUCGGACACGGACAACGGUUCAUGAUCUGCGAUGCCGGUGGUGGAACUGUCGAUUUGAUUGUCUUUGAGGUCGCGGUGGGACCCCAUGGCAGGACCCUGAGGGAGGUGACCCGUGGAAGUGGUCACAGUUGUGGAUCCAUCUUCUUGGACGAGCGCAUGGAGGCUUUGUUGAGGAAGCGGUUCGCAAAGUGGCAGGAGAAGGGACUCACGGCGGCCAACUGGGUUCAGCUCAUGGAGACGUUUAUUCAUAAUGUCAAGCCACUGUUCGAUGGCGUCGAGGACCAGUACAUCACCAUGCCAGCAGUUCCUGGACGUGCAGACCUGACGGACUUUGACAUUGGACUGGAGGAUGGAAUCUUGACGGUCUCUGCGGAGGAAAUGAGGCGGGAGGUCUUUGACCCUGUCAUCAACGAUGUCCUCCGGUUGAUCCAACACCAGCUCCAGCAGACGCACUACAACUGUCACGCCAUCUUUUUGGUCGGAGGCUUUGGAUGCUCAGGAUAUCUCCACACUCGAGUCCAGGCCGAGUUUGGAGCCCGUGUGCCGAUGAUUGGAGUUCCCCCACGUGCAGAACUGGCUGUUGUCCGUGGAGCAGCGUAUGCAGGAUUGAUGCCCCGGACGAUCACUCAGCGUGUGGCUAGGAGAUGGUACGGAGUCGAUUCGUUGAUGGCCUAUGAGGAGGGAUCGGAUUUGCCACACAAGAAGGUUCGGGACCACGAGGGCAUGAUGCGUGCACGCGAUCGGUUCUCGGUGUAUGUUGCGCCCGGUCAGCACAUCGGCAUUGACGAGUGUAUCACCAAGCGCUAUGUGACGUACCAAUACCCCAAGCCAGUGAACUCGCCUCUUUUCGCAUGCUCGAGCAUGAAUCUGCCCCGGUAUGUGGACUCACCGAUGGUGGAGAAGAUUGGCGAUUUUUUGAUCCCUCUGCCAUAUGUACAUGGAGCACAGCCGGGACACAAGAUGGUGUUUGAGCUUCGUAUGUACUUUGGAGCGACGGAAAUUCGUGCGGAGGCCGAGGUCAAUGGCAUUAUUGUGACCACUCGAUGUCAGUUCACUGGUUGA